AUGGCCUCAUACUCAACCACCGUCACCAAGAUCCCCGACCUGGGGCCCGCGCCCGAGGACGCCUCCUCCAAGCCGCAUCACGUCAAGAAGAACGGCAACACCGUUGGGUUCAAGAAUGUGCACCCUUCUUUCGGGGAAGGUGUCGGCUUCUCCCAAAUCUUCAAGCAUGUCGUCUGGCCUCAAUUGACUGGCGACCUCAAGUCCCCCGAUACGUCGCCGCCAACUGUCAACGUUGUCAAGCCCGACUUCCUUCCCACUCGCACCGCCUCCAACAAGCUGCGCGCGACCUGGCUCGGCCACGCCUGCUACUACGUGGAGUUUCCCUCGGGCCUGCGCGUGCUCUUCGACCCCGUCUUCGAGGACCGCUGCUCGCCCUUCUCCUUCAUGGGCCCCAAGCGCUACACUCCAAAGCCCUGCGACCUCGCUGACAUCCCCUUUGUCGACGCUGUCCUCAUCAGCCACAGCCACUACGACCACUUGUCCCACGAGUCCGUCCUCACCAUCCAGAAGCACAAUCCUAAAGCCCACUUCUUUGUUGGCCUGGGCCUCGAGUCGUGGUUCAAGAAGGCUGGCUUGAAGAACGUAACCGAGCUCGACUGGUGGGAGGACGCCGAGAUAUCUUUGACCGUGGAUAAGGGCGUCGACGACGCCCCCGAGACCAUCUCCGCCCAGAUCUCUUGUCUCCCUUGCCAACAUACCUCCGCGCGCACGCCGUUCGACAAAGACACGACCCUGUGGGCGUCGUGGGGUGUCAAGUCUGCCGGGAAGUCGGUCUGGUUCGGAGGCGACACUGGAUACCGCGCCGUGCCGUGGACUCCUCUCGACGUGGACGACUACGGCCCGAAGUAUGCCCACCUGCCCAUGUGCCCGCAAUUCAAGCAGAUUGGCGACCUGCGCGGGCCCUUCGACCUCGGCCUGAUCCCCAUCGGUGCUUACUACCCGCGCGUAGCGUUCUCGGGGAUGCACGCCAACCCCUUUGAUUCUGUCGAGAUAUUCCAGGAUACCAAGUGCGAGCGUGCCAUGGGCAUUCACUGGGGCACCUGGGCACUGACUAUGGAGGAGGUCCUAGAGCCGCCGAAGCUCCUGCAGGACGCCAUGAAGCGCAAGGGGCUUCCGGCAACGGGCGUGUUUGACGUUUGCGAGAUUGGUGAGAGCAGGGAGUUCUGA